GGUGACACUUACUCCAGAGAACUCAUUGGCGCCAGUGACUCCUCCUCAGAGUACGGAAUUUGAAGUGGAUCAGACGAAGAAGCACAGGUUCUCGGGAGUGUCUUCUGAUCCAAGCGGCAGAUGGGAAGCCUACCUCUACAACUCCAGGCGAAAAAU